AUGGAAUCAAACCAACAUGAUGAAGACUCGAAGAGCUCAAGCGAUGAAGAAGUUACCGAUCGAUCAGAUCAAGAUACGGGCACCGGCCGGUCCUAUGAGUGUGUUUUUUGCAAGAGAGGCUUUACUACAGCACAGGCUUUGGGAGGACAUAUGAAUAUUCAUAGGAAAGAUAGAGCCAAGACAAGGCCUAGCUCAGUUCCUUCGCUUUCAAGCAAAGUUGAUGAGGAUUAUGCCACUUUUCGAAGCUAUCCUCCAAUUCAAAGCUACCCACCUCACUAUCCUACACCUCACGAAGUACAUAUAAAUUACCACACAUUUUUUCCGCCAUCCACAACGUGGGGUAUAGGAUCCCCGUAUGCACAGCAACACAAUGGUGAUUUCUAUGUGCAAAGUCCACAACAUUUGUAUCCAUUCGGAGACGAUAUUUGUAGAAGAAGUCUAAGCCUGCAAAUCGGUCCAUCGCAUGUAGAUGACAAUACCAAAGAGAAAAUAGAAGACGACAGUGAAGCAGAUGACGAAUUGGAUUUGGAGCUUAGACUUGGUCAUGAUCCAUAA